GCUAUAAAAUUCUGUUUUUCAGAUCUCCUUGCUGGCCUUCUGAAGGGUGUACACCAAAACUAUAGCUCUGCAAGAGGCAAACUUCAGUUCCCAGGAGCCUUUGAGGGAAGCAGUGUGCUUUAAAUGUAUGGCAUGGACUAUCUGAUGAUAAGCGCCGGCUCCCUCGGCCUGAAAGCAGAGUUGUGCACUACACCCCAUAGUCAAAUUCAACUGGAUGUAACCAUCCUCGGGUUCUUUACCUUUUACUUUUAUUACUUCCUGUGAUCUGGACACUAUGUUUCUGUUGAUGUAGCAUAGAGUCACUUUGGAGAAUGGAAGACAUGGUGGAAACAGGACUUUAAGAAAAAGGGUUUAUUCAGCUAUCUACACCUUCGAUCUGCGUGGAGGAAGUCCAGAUCUUACGGCAUGAACAACAUGCGUGUGAGCAGGGUACAGGGCCUCCUACUGGUGGCUGGCAUCUUGACUUACUUGCUGAUGGGUGCCCUCAUCUUUGAACUUCUGGAGAAGGAUCACUACCUAAAAAUGGAAGAUGCAAUGUUUCACAUGAAAGAGGAAUUUUUUUCGAACUACACCGCUCUCAGCCCAGAAGAGGUGGAAUUAGUCAUACAGAAACUGGUAAAAUAUGUUCAGAUGGGAGUAGAACCUAUAGGAAGACAUGAUGAUGAAGGAAGGGCCAGCUGGGAUUUCAGUACUUCUUUCUUCUUCGUGGGAACUAUGUUAUCCACAAUAGGCUAUGGAAACCUCUGUCCCCAAACGAAAGAAGGUCAGCUCUUUUGUGUUCUUUUUGCUCUCUUUGGAAUCCCCUUCAACCUCAUCUGCUUUAACUAUAUUGGCACUUCAAUCUCAAGACUCUUCGAAAGCUGUGCAGAGAAAGUGUAUGGGAAAAGAAAGAAGAAAUCAGCAAGAUACAUUUUCGUUUUUGUGGUUCUGGGAAUUCUAAUGUUUCUUAUUUUGCCAUCAUUCUUCUUUCAAUGGAUGGAGGGCUGGGCUUAUUAUGAAGCUAUCUAUUUUACAUUUGUUACACUCAGCACCAUUGGUUUUGGAGACUAUAUAAUAGGGAUUAAGCAGGACAGGACGUAUUUUCCGGGCUACCGGGUGCUUGGAGCCGCUUGGAUCGUCGUUGGUCUGGCCUGGAUAGCUGUGUUGUUUCAACGGGUAUCUUCAUUCCUGGCACCUGAGGAUCCAAAACCAAGCUCACCUAAAAAGAGUAAACGGUGAAGAUAACACCACCCCAAAGGAGUCAGUCUGCUACAUGUCCACUGGAGAAGAAUUUAUCAUUGCAUUCUGGUGGAGACAGACAUAAAAAUCAGCUAAACUCAAGAA